GACAAUACGAAUGAGCUAUGGUGGAAAGACCAGGGGAUCAGGAAGAAUGUGUUCCAUUGCUUUGGGCUCUGUCUUUGCGUGUUCUACCUAGUACAUGACCAGUCGCUCCUCACGGGUCUUCAGGCGCUCCCUCGCUGGAACGCCUACUUUGGCUCCCCCACAGGCAACACCCUCGGUCUUAUCGCCUCCAGUAUCUUCCUACCAUCUAUCAUCACCGCUUUCGCAGGCGACUACAUCGCAGCUCACUACGGCCGCAAGAUCGCCGUCUGGAUCGGAUCGGUCAUCAUCAUCGCCGGAGCCAUCCUCAACGCCGCCGCUCAGAACACUGGACAAUUCGUCGGCGGGAGAAUCCUCCUGGGGUCGGGCGGAGCCAUCACCAAGGUCGGCGCCCCGGCGCUACUCCACGAGAUCGCCCAUCCCAGAUUGAGAGGGAUCAUCGGUGGAUGCUACUACGGCUUCUACUACUUUGGAUCGUUCACGAGCGCCUGGCUGACUUGUGAGCUAUUCCACGACUGGUCCUGGCGCAUGCCUUGCGUCUUCCAGGUCGUCGGUCCCUCUCUUGUACUGCUCAUCACCUGUACCGCCCCUGAGUCUCCUCGUUUCCUCAUCGACCACGACCGCAAUGAGCGCGCGCUCCAGAUCCUCGCCAAGUACCACGCCAACGGGGACGAGAGCGACGCGCUGGUCCAGUGGGAGUACCAGGAGAUUUGCUCCGCCAUCGCCAAGGAGCGCGAGAUGAAGAAGACCUCCUACCUCGACUUCUUCCGCACCAAGGGUAACCGCAAGCGGCUCUUCGUCCUCUGCACGCUCAGUGUGGCCACCAAUUGGGCAGGAAACGGUAUCAUAUCCUACUACCUCGCACCGGUCCUUCGUCAAGUCGGAGUGACUGACCCGAGUCAGAUCACCGGUAUUAAUGGAGGUCUGGCAGGAUACAACUUGGUGCUCGCGCUCGCCGCUGGACUGAACGUCGAGCGCGUGGGAAGACGCCCAUUGUUUUUUGCUGGAUUCAUCGGGAUGUUCUUCUCAUACUGCUUUGUCAUGGGCUUGUCAGCUGGAUAUGCCAACACCGGCAACUCCAGCAUGGGCAUUGCGGUCAUCCCGUUCUUGUGGUUCUUCUAUGGCUUCUAUGAUAUCAGUCUUACUCCCCUACCUUACCACUACACUAGUGAAAUCCUGCCCUACGCCCUCCGCUCCAAGGGUCUGGCCAUUUUCACAAGUGUGCAAAAUUGCGCCAAUGCGUUGAACCAAUGGGUAAAUCCCAUAGCGUUGGCUGCUAGUAAGUCCAUUCAUUACGCAGUCUACCUCGUGAUUCUCCUCUUCCUGAUCGCCUUCACAUAUUUCUUCAUCGUUGAGACUCGAGGACUUUCGCUCGAGGAGAUCUCAUUGGUAAUGGAUUAUGGUCGCAAGGAAGGGCGAGAGAAGGCGAAGGAAUUGGGCGCUCACAAUGCCCACGUCGAGGCGAAGGAUGGGAUGGACGGAGCAAGUCAGCACGGGGACAAGGCGGUGGCUGGACAUGUGGAGCGCGUUUAG